UCGACGGAGAAUCGUUAGAAGAAAACCUUUACCACGAAGUUCGUUCCUUCUCCUCUGUUAUGGUGUCACAAGAAAACGGACUGCAAGUGGAGGGUGUUUUAGGACCGAAGUUGAGAAUAAGACCAUCACUGGAGCACGCAAGGACAGCUGAAGGAAGCAUCGCUCAUAUCCUUUAUGAAGCUGCUGCCGAAACGGAAAGUGGAAGUGAGGGAGCCUUCACGCAAGCUUCAUUUAUUCUGUCUGAACGACAGGAAAAACAAGGUGACGCGACCACCCUGGUUCGUCCAGAGGUCUUGAUCGCUGUAGACAGCGCCUUUUCGAAGCAGUUUAAAAACCACAUGGAAAUCCUGAGAUAUCUGACCAUCUCUAUGAAUUCAGUGAACAUUAGGUAUCGGACCGUUACUAAUCUGAGGGUGCGACUGAAAUUAUGUGCCGUGGAAGUACUCACUGUAUACGAGGAACAUUUCUUGUACCAAGUGCAGAGUUACGUUGCUUCAAUCAGGUCGCUGGAGAGAUUAAGAGAUUAUGUUCAACAAUACUCGUACAAAUACCAUGAAUACGAUGUGGUAUAUUGCAUCACAGGGUAA